UCUCUGAAGACUAUAGUCCAAACGCACUAACGCACUUCUGUUCGAAUUCUAUAUCGCCAUAGCAAGGAGUACAAUUGCUAACGGUUACGUGCAAAAAAAAAAAUAUUUAACAUAAAAAUAAUAGUAAUUAUUAUAUAGAGAAAAUUAUUUCCGUUUUUUUUUCGAAAAAUAUAUAUAAUACAAAAUGCAAAGUAAAAUGGUGCAAUUAACUAGUGCAGUGAUCUUGUGUUUGGCCCUUUUUGGUCAAUCGGUGAUGGCGAAGCCUGGAUAUGCUGCAGGAUACGAUGUUGAUUAUUAUGAUCAUCCAAAAUAUUCAUUCAACUAUGGUGUUGCUGACCAUCACACUGGCGACGUGAAAUCACAACAUGAAACCCGAGACGGUGAUGUUGUGAAAGGUCAAUAUUCGUUGGUUGAGCCCGAUGGUAGCAUCAGAACCGUAGACUACACGGCAGAUCCAGUUAACGGUUUCAACGCUGUUGUAUCAAAGAGUGCACCAACCGUUCAUGCACAUGCUAUUGUUGCGAAACCAAUCGUAAAACAUGUUGUGCCGACUGUACACAAGACCGUGUAUGCACAUCCAGCACCAGUCGUACAUGCUGAACCACAUCAUUACGCAGCACCAGCAUACAGUCAUUAUGAUUACGACUCAUAUGACAGCCACUACGCCUAUGAACCACACCAAUACCCUCAUUAUUAGAUGGAGAAUCGAGAAGAGCUGAAAAUUUACGCUAUAUUGAGUACAUGUUGAUAUCAAAAUCAUCCAGUUUGAAAUUAUAUCACGGUUCAGAAACGAAGCAAUAAAAGACAAUAACUUAAAUUAGAUAACCUGAGUAUCGCAACAUGGACACUGAACGACUAUAAAUAAAACCACAAUUGUUUAUAUUAAAACAUCCAAAAGUAUUACCAUACGAUUACGGUCGAAUAGGAUAUGUGCCUGCUGAUUGUAAUCACAAACCAUUAUACUUCAAAUUAAACAAAAAAAAA